AUGCAAUCUACCAACAGUUCGACCAUUGCGUCUAAUGGAAAAGAUGUUCUAAACAAAACCAUUUCUUCCGAAGCCACUCCCUCUCGGGAGGAGGUUCUUACUUAUGCUCAUCGCUAUCAUGUGAACCCAAUCUUGCGUGCACUGGACUCUGACCAGCUGAAAGGUCUAUCGUCUGCUGAAGCCAAAGCACGUCUAGGCCAGUAUGGCAACAAUGAGCUCAACAGUGGUGAGAGUGUGAGUGUCACGCGCAUUCUUAUCAACCAAAUUGCGAAUGCUAUGACAUUGGUCCUCAUCAUUGCCAUGGUUGUCUCGCUGGCCAUUCAGUCAUGGAUCGAGGGUGGCGUGAUAGCCGGUGUCGUUGGCAUCAACGUCUUUGUCGGUUUCUUUCAGGAGUACUCUGCUGAGAAGACGAUGAACUCUCUUCGUUCGCUUGCGUCGCCUACCGCGCAUGUGAUUCGUGACGGUCAGCUGAUUACUGUCGCAGCGCCAGAGGUAGUACCUGGCGAUAUUCUGGAGCUAAACACCGGCGAUACCGUCCCUGCCGACUGCCGUAUUGUCGAUGCGAAGAAUUUCGAGACGGACGAAGCGCUGCUCACGGGUGAAUCGCUCCCUGUGGCGAAGGACUACACGCUGACGUUCCCACCUAGCGGCUCUGAAGGUGACGAAGUGGGCGUCGGUGACCGCCUCAACAUGGCGUACGCCUCCUCGGCUGUGAGCAAAGGCCGCGCAACGGUCGUUGUGACGAGCACAGGUAUGCACACGGAGAUCGGCAAGAUUGCCGAUGCGCUGCAAGGGGCUUCGAAAGGCCGCAAGAUCAGGGAGGUGAAGCGCAAUGCCUUUGGCAAGAAGCGACCGCACCACUACCUCGAAGCAGGCACGUUGACGUUGAUGGACCAAAUCCUGGCGUUCUUGGGCGUGAACAAAGGCACGCCUCUCCAGAUUCUGCUGUCCAAGCUGGCGAUUCUUUUGUUUAUCAUUGCUGUGGUCUUUGCGAUUAUUGUAUUUGCCUCAAACAAUUGGCACGACAAGGAAGUCAUUAUUUACGCCGUAGCCACAGGCGUGUCGAUGAUCCCCGCCUCGCUUACAGCUGUGCUCACCAUCACGAUGGCUAUGGGCGGUCGAGCGAUGGUCCAGCGCCAUGUGAUUGUGCGCAAGUUGGAGUCGCUCGAAGCGCUUGGCUCCAUCACUGAUAUUUGCUCGGACAAGACCGGCACCCUAACGCAGGGCAAGAUGGUUGUCAAGAAAGCCUGGAUUCCGUCCGUGGGCCAAUUGGAGGUAUCAGAAAGCAACGAGCCAUUCAACCCGACGUUAGCCGAAGUACGACUAUACCCAGGCUCGCCCAGCGAGGGCGAUCUUCAAGGGGAAGGAACGCUGGUCGCUGCGGAGGGCUCGUCGACGCAGGACCUGACAGACGAUGCCUUGGCGCCGGUGUAUGACUACGUGACUGUGGCCUCCAUUUGCAACUUGGCCAAAGUGUUUUAUGACAAGGAUACGCAGGCAUGGACGGCGCAUGGCGAUCCCACGGAGUGUGCCUUGCAGACACUCGCGUGCCGCUUUGACAUGAGCAAUGCCAAGUUGAAGUCGUCCGCGGACGGCGAGAAGUCUGGGCCGUGGCGCUUGAUUGGCGAGUACCCCUUUGACUCGAGUCUGAAGCGUAUGGCCGUCACAUAUACUCAUCGUGUGAUGGAGCAGCACGUUGCCAUGAUCAAGGGCGCUGUGGAAAUGGUGCUGAAUGCUUGCACGUCCAUCCAGCUGGAGCACAGACAGGUUGACGACCUCACCGAGUCUCACAAGGAGACCAUUCUGCGGAACAUGGAUGCACUGGCAGGGCAGGGAUUGCGUGUCCUUGCCUUGGCCCACCGCCCUCUGACGUCGUCGGAGGUGGCGAAAGGCGAUCAACUCUCACGCGAGACAGUCGAGUCGAAGAUGGUGUUCCUUGGCCUGGCGGGCAUUUACGAUCCACCUCGUCCUGAGUCGCGUGGCGCUGUGCGCACCUGCCACCAGGCGGGCAUUGAAGUGCACAUGCUCACGGGUGAUCAUCCUGGUACGGCGCGUGCGAUUGCGGAGCAAGUGGACAUUAUCCCCAGCCGCGAGGAGUUGGCACACAAGUACAGCGAGGACAUGGCGGAGCAUGUGGUCAUGACGGCGGCGCAAUUUGACCGUCUGUCCGACGAGCAAAUUGAUCGUAUGCCGAUCUUGCCUUUGGUCAUUGCACGUUGUGCGCCGCAGACCAAGGUGCGUAUGAUCGAAGCAUUGCACCGUCGUGGCCGAUUCUGUGCGAUGACGGGUGACGGCGUGAACGACUCGCCCUCGCUCAAACUGUCCGACGUCGGCAUCGCCAUGGGCAUGGCCGGCUCGGACGUUGCGAAGGAUGCGUCUGAUAUCGUGCUGACGGACGAUAACUUUGCGUCGAUCGGCAAUGCCAUUGAAGAGGGACGUCGCAUGUUCAACAACAUCCGCAAAUUCGUGCUGCAUCUUCUAGCACAAAACGUCGCACAGGCGUGUGUACUCCUUAUUGGUCUGGCAUUUAAGGACGAGUCGCAGCUGUCCGUUUUCCCUCUGAGCCCCGUGGAAAUUUUGUACGUGAUCAUGGUCACAAGUGGUUUCCCUGCGAUGGGUCUCGGUAUGGAAGCCGUCUCGCGUGAUAUCAUGAAGCAGCGUCCCAACACGUCCAAGCUGGGCGUGUUUAGUCUCGAAAUGCUCGUGGAUUUGCUGGUGUAUGGCCUCUGGAUGGCAGCGCUCUGCUUGGCAACGUUUGCCUUGGUCGUCUUUGCAUGGGGUCCUGCGGAUCUCGGUAUCAACUGCAACAACAAGUUCAACGAGACGUGUGACGCUGUGUAUCGAGCACGUGGUGCAACGUUCGUGGUCAUUACUUGGUUCUCGCUCUUCUUGGCCUGGGAAGUGACCAAUUUGCGCCGUUCGUUCUUCGCCAUGGGCAACGAUGCGCACUGGUACAACCAGUGGUUUGUCGAUACAUGGAAGAACAAGUUCUUGUUCGCAUGCGUCGUUUUGGGCUUUGUGAGCGUGUUCCCCAUUCUUUACAUUCCUGGUUUGAACCACAUUGUCUUUCUUCACAAGCCGCCCAUCGGCUGGGAAUGGGGCAUCAUCUUUGUGUGCACGUUGCUGUUCUUUGUGGGUGUGGAGUCGUGGAAGUGGAUCAAGCGUGCCUACUUCCGCCGCUACGAGCGCCGACGACGUGCGAACGAAGUGAACCUGCAUGGGGGCGAUGAACUGUCUGAAAAGGGCCAAGACGACAUGGUAUAA